AUGAUUGCGUCGAAAGCUUUGCGACACAGUAGCUUCAUCGCGCUCGUCGCAUGCCUCUUGCAACUCUCCUCUGCCAAGGAUUUGUAUCUCGAUUGCAGCUCUUCCAACAGCGAUGGCGAUGGCAGCAAAUCAAACCCAUUCAGCUCUAUUAACGAGGCCAAUAAAGCUGUCUUAAGCGCAGGAGACAGCCUGAGCAUCAAAUCCGACACUACAUGCUCCGGGACGCUUUCACCACAGGGCAGCGGUACACAAGAAAAGCCGAUCAUCCUUACUAGCUAUGGCGACGGCCCCUUACCCAUCAUCAAUGGCUCUGGGGCAGCAGAAGCAGUGAGCCUUACGAAUCAGGAUUACUGGGAUGUGUCCAACAUAGCGGUGAUCAACCCGGCGGCUGAGAUCGCCUGGCGCCGCGGAAUUCUCGCAACAUCUUCCGAUGGGACCGUGCACCGGGGCCUCUACAUUCACGACGUCACGGUUUACAAUGUAGCCGGUGAGACCAACAAGGCCAAGCAAUCCGAUGCCUUCAUCGCCUCCGGCGGAAUUCUGGUCAACGGAACCGAGCAUAACAGCCGCUACGACGAUGUCCAAAUAUUCAACAAUACAGUGUACGACUGUGGUGGCGGUGGUAUCAAAGUCCGCGUUGGUCAGAUGAACAAUCGCGGCGAAGGGGUACACGUCUUCUCCAAUAACAUCUCCUAUGUCGGCGGCGAUGGAAUCGUGGUAUCCUACGGCGUCUCACCCCUCAUCGAAAGUAAUCUUUGCGGAUUCCUUGGACAUGGAAAGUAUCCGUGGACCGGCGGCAAUUUCGCCGGAAUCUGGGUUCUGGGCUGUCGUGAUGCGGUCAUGCGAUUUAAUGCGGUCCAUGACUCUCUCAUGUCGGAUAUAGACAGUGAGGCCUUUGACUGUGAUUGGGGUAAUGAAGGUACCUGUACUGUCGAGUAUAAUUACAGCCAUGACAAUGCCGGUGGUAUAUUCCUGAAUUGUGAUGGCUGUGGUACGCCUGGUGGAGCGAGGCAAAUCGUUCGCUACAAUAUUUUUCAAAAUGACUGUCGCAUGUAUAGCAACGGAGACAACGUGGAGAUGGACUUUUACAAUAACGUUGUUUAUUGUCCAGAUAAGAAGUUCGAGAUUGCUGUUCCGCCGCAAACGAACCUGUCCAACAAUAUCUGGGUUGGGACGAAGGAUUCAACCUUGCCGACUGGGGACUCAAUUGAGUGGCAUGGAAACCUUUUCCAGACAGUGCCACAGCCAGGUGAUACAGCUGGGACCGCUGGAGAUGCACGAUUCAUGGAUCCAGGUACCGGGAAAGACACAAUUGACUCAGUAGAUGGGUAUAAAUUGCGCUCGGGUAGCCCUGCUUUGCUGAAAGGGGUUGUUGUGUCUGAGAAUGGAGGGAGAGACUUUUGGAAUAACGUAGUGUCUUCCGACCAACGACCCAAUAUUGGAUCAUACAAUGGUAAAGGUCUGUGA